ACUGCUUGAUCCUGGGAGGGGAGGAGCCAGUUGUUGAUUCCACGCUGCAAGGAGAAGGCGCACAGAGAGGAGUGAGCCAUAGCAUAGGCUCCAUCCGGCCACCGCUUCAACUUCUACAUGUGAUUAAGAGACGGGUCGUGAUUCGCAAGAGUCUGAUUUAAUAACGUUAAGGUGCUGCUGCGGAGAGGAUGACGGAGGGCAGUCGGACAGUUCGGGACUAGCUGAGGCGAAGACAAAAGUAAACCUCAUGACCAGGCCUUGGAUGGUUUCCAAAUCAGCGAUGUCCCCCUCGGUGUGGGACCACCUCCCCCCUCUCCCCGUUGUCCCCCUGUCCAUCUCACCCACUCCUCCUCCCUCCUGCAGCGGAACGACGGAGCAGCUCCAGGACUCUGAACUGUGAAAACUCCCUCACCCUCCCACACACACACACACACACACACACACACACACCCUCCCACACACACACACACACACACACCCUCCCACACACACACACACACACACACACACACCCUCCCACACACACACACACACACACACACCCUCCCACACACACACACACACACACACACACACACACACACACACACACACACACACACACACACACACCCCUCUCUCUCUCUCCCACACACACACGCACACACUCGAGCUUGCAUUCUGCCGAUGCUCGUUGGCCCGCCCUCCUCAGCUGCCGUCCCUGCUCCAGUCGUCGACCAUGAAGCGGCCCAAGCAGCAGACGGGGCCUCUGAGCUUCCUCAACUUCUUCAGCAGGAAGCCCAAAGCGGAGCCGAAGCCCGAGAGGCCGGUGGACGCCUGGCCCAGAGAGGAGGUGUCCAUCACCCUGACUCCAAGCGAGCGCCCGGAGCCGCAGGACGCUCGGGCGCUGGAAAACCGACAUCUCUGUGACUCUGAACAGGACCUCGGCCUCACGGCGGCCGAAGGAAGAGCAGGCGACGGGGGCGGAGCCGGCUCCACGGGCGCCGCCGGCCCGGGCGGGGUCGGCGGCGCCUCCACCGGCGGCUCCACCGGCCUCCUGUCGCUCUCGGCCUCCAGCCAGGAGCAGCUGCUGGACGGGCACCUGGAGGAGUGCCCGCUGUGCCUGCUGAGCCAGCCGCGCUGCCACUUCCCGCGCCUCAGCUCCUGCGCCCACCGGGCCUGCUCCGACUGCCUGCGCCAGUACCUGCGCAUCGAGAUCUCGGAGAGCCGGGUGGGCAUCGCCUGCCCGCAGUGCUCCGAGGCCCUGGCGCCGCUGGACGUGCGCUCCAUCCUGGACGACCGGGCGCUGCUGGAGCGCUUCGAGGAGUACCAGCUGAGGCGCUACCUGGCGGCGGACCCGGACACGCGCUGGUGCCCCGCCCCCGACUGCAGCUACGCCGUCAUCGCCUACGGCUGCGCCGAGUGCCCCAAGCUGAGCUGCGGCCGCGAGGGCUGCGGCACCGAGUUCUGCUACCACUGCCGCCAGCUGUGGCACCCCAACCAGACGUGCGACCAGGCGCGGCGCCAGCGGGCCCGCCACACGUCGGGCGGCGCCGACGCCUCCACCAUGUACGUCUUCAACGAGGAGCCCGGGGGAGACGCGGAGGAGAUCAAGGCGUGCCCCCGCUGCGGCGCCUACAUCAUGAAGACCAACGACGGCAGCUGCAACCGCAUGAACUGCACCGUGUGCGCCUGCCAGUUCUGCUGGCUGUGCAUGCAGGAGAUCACCGACGUGCACUACCUCAGUCCCUCAGGAUGCACGUUCUGGGGCAAAAAGCCAUGGUCGCAAACCCGCAAGGUCCUGUGGCAGGUGGGCAUGUUGCUCGGCGCGCCGGUGGUCAUCUCCCUCAUAGCGGGCAUCGCCAUCCCAGUCAUCAUCGUGGGCAUCCCCAUCUACAUGGGCCGCAAGGUUCAUGGACGGUGUAAGAAAAACAAUAUCUCAGGAAGCAAGCACUACCUGACCGUGGCCAGCGGGGUGAUGAUGUCAGUGUUUGUGUCACCGGUCAUAGCCGCCGUCACUGUGGGUGUGGGUGUUCCACUAAUGCUGACGUAUGUCUACGGAGUCGUCCCCAUGUCGCUCUGCAGGAACGGUUGGUGCCGGCCGCAGAGCGAGCCCCCCGAAACCCACAAGAUCCAACUGGAGGACCUGGCCAGCUAUCUUCUAUUCUCUCAUGUAGUCAGCGACCACUGGACGGGUCAGAACAACCCGGCGCUCAGCGACACCAGCGUGCAGGAGGUCAGAGUCAGUGUGCAGGAGGUGGGCGUCCUCCCAAGCACGAGCACCACGCCCCCAGAGCUCGAUAGCUACGAGGGACUGGAUGCAAAACGCCAUGGAUACGCCCCCGACAGCCAAUCCGACUGUGAGGGGGUUAUUGUGCCUGACAGCAAGACUGACGACACGCAGGCCCUUCCUGUGAGGGAAGGAACCAACAUCGAGGUUCGCGUGGAGAUCGAGACCCACCCCAGAGGCGGCCGCCAGUCCAGCCUCAGUAGCAUCCGGUCCAACCGAAGCCCGUCGGCGGAGUCGCUGGGACAGCCGCAGCCCCAAGACCACCCGUGUGCCUCAGAGCGGGAGGGAGGGGGCGAGCGAGGGGAGCGGGAGGGGGGAGAGCAACCAGGGGAAGGAGCGGCAUCAGCAGCAGGAACAGCCCUCCACGUCAACAGUGUCUGAGGUCACUGAACGCAGCCUUUGUGCUCGGCACGGCGAUUCGGUCAGAUCCCAUGGAAACGAACUAGUCCACGGGCUGACGGGUCAGCGGACGGACCGGGCAGCCCCUCGGACGCGGGCCCUCGCACCACGUGCCUUCUAGCUGCAGCCUCCGUGGAGAGAAUGUAGUGGAGUCGGCCGGAGCGCCUCCGUAAGCGUAUGGAAACCAGAAGUGACUGUGAGCAUGUUAGCGACUAGUUCAGUCUUUUGUAGUCUGUUCUACUCCCCCUCUUCCAUGAAGCCCCCCCCCCUCUCUCUCUCUCUCUCUAUUGCCUGGCUGCUCUUCUCCACUUCCACAUUUACUGACCUUACUUCCUCACUCCUCCUCGGCAAAUAAAGUCCCACGAGCAUGAUUGGGUUUAUGAGGGGCUAAAUAUCCGCGCUGCAAGACGCAGGGUGAUUUUUUUUUUUAUUUCAAAGAAGCCCGAUUGUAAAAUGAAGCAACACCUGGAUGCUGUUGUCGGCCGUGGAUGCUCUGCGACGCCGUGGCGGCGGUUGUUGGAACUGACUCGAGGGCUCAUGAACACCACGAGUCGUAACUAUCAGUCACCGAUUCUCAGUCUUCCGUGGAAGCAGACACACUCCACCGCAGCGUGACAGAGCUGUGCUCACAUUGGCAUCACUGCAGCCUGUCACCUUUUGAAACUAGCCGCAUGACUCUUUGUACUCCUUUCGCUGUGUGUGUCCAGGAUCACACACGUGCCGUAUGCACACAGCCAUAUGCACAGCAGGCGGCUGCAGUAGCGUGCACCGCUGAAAGCAUUAAGUAGAAACUGAAGACCCUCUCAAACGAUCACAGAGCACCAAAGCGGCGACAUCAGCAGCAGCAGCAGCAGCAGCAGCAUGCCACCUCAGGCUAAACUCUAAUAACCUGUUCUAGUUGAUUAAGUGAAACGCGACUGUACAUUCACUGCUAAAUUCAUGAGUGUGAAAUACUUGUGGGAGAUGGACUCGGAUGAGAAGUUUAAUAAAGAUUUCACCAUGAAGGACGAACACA